AUGUCUCGUAAGGCCAUGUCAUCGGCGCUGAGGCUGCGGAGUGCGAUUCGGUCUUCUUCAGAGGAUUUGUACAAUACGGACGGAGCUUCAUCCAUUCCCCUCGGAGGCUGGGGCGCGCACGGGGACCUGACACGCGCUGGGAGAGCAGGAGUGCACAUCGAGAGCGUCAACUCCCACGGCCAGACGCCGCUCUUCUGCGCCUCCUUCGGCGGGGACAACGAGGUGGUGGCUCUCCUCCUGAAGCUCGGCGCCAACCCCAACCGCCGCUGCGGCACCAACGGCUCCACGCCCGUGCACGGCGCCGCCUACAGGGGCUCCAGGAGGGUCCUCAGGCUGCUCGUGGAGGCCGGGGGGGACCUCUCCCUCGAGGACAACUUGGAGCAGACGCCGAGGGAUUAUGCCCUGAAGCAGCCGUCCCCGAUUAGACGACAGAAGAUCCUGCACUUUUUGGACCUCCUGCUGGCCAUGACCCUCCACCGAUCCCUGGCGAGGACGGCCACCACGCAGGGCACGCUCCCCCAUGGCACGCUCCCCCAUGGCACCCUGCCCCAUGGCACUCUGCCCCUCAAGCCCACGAAGUCUACGCUGUCGCUCGCUAAGCGUGAGGGCAGCCUAGCGAGUGUGUGGGGCGCCUGCGUGGCCGAAGCGGGCGAGCAGUCUCCGCGCACGCCGCCGUAUGUGGGCGCUUCUCCUACUAAUCUGCAUAAGACCGUGUCCUGCCACCUCCUGGACCAGAUGUACGUCUCGACGUCGCUGCCUCUCCUGUCGCCCGCUGACCUCAAGCGCCCCGAAGUCACCGGCGUCGCCUACACCUGCGGCGGCCCCACGGUGUACUCCCCCUACACGUGGCUCGGGACCAACGUGACUGUGCGUCGACCCACGCCGGCCUUGGCGCUCCCGAAGGAGAAUGUGCCGAAAGGCGAGGACAAGAACACCCCGGACCAGGGCGCCUGCAGGUCCCUGGUGCAGGAGUUGUCGAUCCUUCGGCGCCUCCGUCACCCUGCCUUCCUGGAGGUGAUGGCGGUGUGCCACGUGUCGCUGCCGCAGCCCGAGCACAUCACCCUCGUCUUCCAGAAUGUUCCCCACGGCUCGCUCUACCACCAUCUGCACGUACAGCAUCGAGAUCUGAACGUGGGCGGCGCCGUGGACAUCCUCGUGGGCUUGGUGGAGGCCAUGCUGUUCCUGCACGCCCACGGCUGGCUCCACACGGCCGUCUCCUCGCACGCGCUCCACCUCGUCUCCACCAGCCACGCCAAGCUCGGGGCCUUUGAGUUCGCCCUCGAGAUGCAAGGGAAGGGCUGCAGCAUGAAGGCGCCCCAGCUGCUCCGCGCGACGUGGCUUCACCCGUGGCAGGCGCCUGAGACACUGAGCGAGCAGAUGGUCUCCGACCGCUCCGAGAUCUACGCCUUUUCCGCCAUCAUGUGGGAAAUCUGGUCCGGCAUGCCUCCUUGGUCGGGCGUGGAGGAGGCGGAGGUGGUGAGACGGGUGGGCGGGGGAGAGACGCUACCCCCCGUCAGCGGUUCUCCCCCUUCCCUCGUCACUUACCUUACUCAGUACGGACUCAAGUGGAACUCACACGAGAGGGAGCUCGACCUCCAGGAAAUCCACACCAUGCUGAGGUCCCUUAGGAUUCAGUCGAAUGAAGAGGACAGAGUGCCACUUAUCCCAGCCUGGGGUCCUCCUUCCAUCCCUAACACGCCUGUCAUUGGCAGGCAUUCAUCUCAAAAUUCCGCACAAAAUUCUCCCAGUUCGGACUCGGGCCAGAGUGUCCAGAGCGGCACAGAUGAGCCAAGCCAUAACAAGAGUAGCUCAGGGUCUGCUGCGAGUCAGGAGGGAAUGUCUCCCGACCACUUAGCUAGGAACACAGGGAAGUACCCCUUGAGAAAGGAAUCCAGCUCUGCCACGCGUAUGUUAGUCACAGGCGAAGUGCACCACGAGAAGCCCUCUUACCUGAAACGCACGUGUCAAGAACCAACAGUAUUAAGGAAAACGUCCGAGGGGCUUCAGAAAUCCGUUAAUGUGCCUAGAGAAGAUAAGGUUGAUGGGGCUGGGUCGAAAGCCAUGCAGAGCUUGACGGACAAGGCGAGAGGGAAGACCAUGAGUAUAGACAGUGGAUUCUCAACGCCUUGUACAAGAACGCCCAGUCCUGUUAUUGACACCAUGACAAGUGCCAAAAUAAACCCAUCAUUCUUGACAUCCACCCCGUCCAGGCCCCCAACCACUUCAGUUUUACGUGCAGAUCUCCAGCCUGAUCUUCUGCCAAAUAAAGUGAACAUCAAGGCUUUGACAAACGGCCAGACUCCAGACAUCCUUUCUCGGGGUCAUCUGGACUGCAGCAAAGGAGGCUGCAGGAACAGGGAUGAGUACGGCGGAGAGAGACACGCCGCGUCCUUUCACCCUGCUAUGUCUCCCAUUACUCCCGUGACGGACUCCGACCAGGACCACUCCCGGACGAGUUCUCCGUCGGACGAGGACCAAGCCUCGGGUUACAGUUACAUCUCAAAUGCGGCCAAGAGAGCCUUCCUGAUGGAGAACGACGCCGGGGAGGACGGGGCCUUUCUGGCUCCCGAGCGCCCUGCCAGUGCUUCCAAGCUUGAGCACAAUCAGCUGCAAACUCAGGCGUCCCACGCGCUUCGAAGGAAGGAGGUCGUCAGGCGCGGGCUGAGCAUGACCAACAUCAACUCCGCGCCCUUCUCCACCAACACCAGCGUUACAAGAACCACUUCACAUAUUUCUCUCUCCAGUGCAUCAUCCAGUGGCAGUAGUGAUAUCUGCGGACGCCGGCCAGUUAGAACUGUUAGUCAGAUCACUCUUACGCUUAGAAAGUUGUCACAGGUCUCAGACUCCUCCUCCAGUAAGGAUGACAUGAAUGAUCCUCACCUUGAGCAGCAGACGCGAGCUCGGAGAUCCCGCUCUGUCCCCAAGAGUCCAGCCCACUCUGCAAGGAGCAGCAAAAGAGAGGGAAGCCGAGGAUGGGACGAGAUCACCGGUAUCAAACCAGCCAGCCACCAGCUAACACGUCAUUCGUCGUCAUGUUCACUGGCUAGUGGUCCCUCGAGUCCCACACACCAGAUCAACAGUUCCUCGCACUCACUGCAACCUCCCUCAUCGAGUGCAGGCAACAGGCCCAGCACGAAUCACAGCUCGCUCCCUCGAUCUUCAACAAAUCCCAGUGCUAAGCAACCAGCCAUUGGGCGGAGAUGGAGCAGCAUCAGUGGGACUUCAGCAGGGCUAGCAGAAACAGCGGUCAAGAUUCAACCACGACGCCAUUCCGAGGGUCAGAGAUCACGUCCUCGAAAGAGCAGGCGGCGUCCAGAAGUUGAGGUUGAGGAGGAGUUCUUUGAUGACGAGUUCAACGCACUGUUAUUCCAGCAGCCACACAUGCAGCUUUCAGUAGGAUCGUCAGAGAACCUGCUGGAUAGCCGGGCACCACAUUCCAUGCUUGCGGACGGGUCAGCAUCUCCAGUCAGUCUCGGCUUGAGUAGCUUCUCUCCAAGUCUUACAAGUAGCGAAGACGAGGAAGAAGGGGCGAACCAGAAGGAAAAUUCUCUCGGAGUGAGCGGCAGGUUGCGGAGGAGGUUGGGUGCUGUGGUGGAGGACGGAAAUUCGGACGAGGAGGAGGAGGGCGUGGGGCGACUUGGCAGUUGCCGGAGCGACGUCGACGGCGGGAAGGCCAUUGAGGGUCAGGAGGGUGCCAGCGAUACCGACGAUGUCCUGAACGGCCCCUGGAGAGCCAAGGACUUCGGCAAGGAGUACGAGCCCCUGAAGAGCGUCGAACUCUUGAGGAACCUCGAGAAGAAUCUUAGUACAUACCUACCCACGUAUUCCAUUGGGAGCGACACGGAGACCGGGGAACCGUGAGGUCUCCGCAGUCUAAAGUAUCUCGUCUGAAUCCCAAUUGAAAAAAGUGGUGCAUUUACUUCGCAUUUGGCUAGAAUGCAUACAUAUCAUGUCGAAGGACAGGUUGUGUUAUAGUAAUGCCAUCAUCUGGUAUUUUAUCUGGUUCUUGCAUAAUGUAUAUAUCACAUCAUGAGGUCACACUCCAUUUUAUGUCCAUAUCUCUCAUGUUAAAUCUGCAUCAUCUUUAACUCUAGGAUUGCUUUAAAAGGAGAACGAAUGAAGCGAAGCAUCUGCAGAGUAAAUAACUAAUUGCUUUGUUAGAGGCAAAGCUUUAGGGCAUAAGACGUAAGUCAAUGUGAAGAGCUUUAUGCAGGUAAUGUGAUGAUACAUUAUACUUUAGUCUCUUUACUGCUUUGCUUCCCUACAUCCGCUGGAAGGACGUGUUGAAUCUAUACAGGGGAAAAAAUCUCUUCAUUUGUAGCACCGGGGAAAGGUUAGGUCUUUUUUCCUUCAGAAUCCAGUCAUUACUCAUAUAUUUUGAGUUAUUUUUUUGUCAUUUUUUUAUUUUAUUUUUUCUUUUCAUCUCGGUUUUAUAAUUUUCAUUGUUUACGUAUAGAUGCUCUUUCAUUGUACUUGGCAGAUGUGCUGUGUGCAGUAGAUAGUCUUCUCUACCAAAGAUAAAAGUAGGGUUUGGGAUUAUAAGGUGUAAAUUCUACCUUAUUAUUAUGUGCUUUUUCGUUAGUCCAACUCGCCAGUGAACAGAAACCAACACGAACGCCAUUGUAAUUUGGGUGAAGCCUGUACUUCGAGGCUGUUGUUACCAUGUUCGUGAUGGAAGUUGUUUCUGUAAUUCUUUAAUUGUAUUUUUUUUUAAUGUUUUUGUGUAGGAUAUAUUUUUUUUCGAUAAUUGUUGUAGAAUUUCUAUGAUCUUAUCUUUCCAAAUGCUGCCCGACAAACUGCUGAUUAUUGGGAACUUUAAUAAAAUGAUCAGGAUGGA